GCCUCCUCAGUUGCUCGGCUCUCGCCGCACUGGCCGGAGGAAAGUUCCCGCGGCCCCCGCCCGCUCACAGCUGCGGCGCCAGCCCUGCUUUUGGCUCUGCAAGUGCCCACUCUGAGUUAGGAGAGGCGCUCAGACCGGCAGAGCUGCCCGAGCCACCGCCGCACCUGGCCGUCCCUCCCCCCAUUCCCGCCGUGAGGCGCCCUCCCCCGCCCCUUCGCUCCCCUCCCCCAAACCACAGCCCGAGCUCGCUCCUGCGCGCGCGCUCUCCCAGGCCCAAGUGAAUAGUCCUCGCGCGAGUGGGACACGGCGGUGGAUGCAAUUCCGCUCGCCUACAGCCGCCAGGAGCUCCCUGGCGCCGCAAGCAGCGUCCUCCUCCGAAGCAGCUGCGCCUGCACCUGGGCAGCCUGGACCUUCGUGCCCUGCCCCCGGGGCCUCGCGCGGAGGUCGCCCCGGGACACCCACUGUGGGCCGGGUGGAGGAGGAAGAGGAGGAGGAAGAAGACGUGGACUCGGACCUGACGCUGAACACCUGGCUGCGCUGCUGCCACUUCUCUUUAAGGGGGAGGAGAAGAGAGUCGGGGAGAACCAUGGGGGGCAGCGAAGUCCGGGAAUUUCUUUUGCAAUUUGGUUUCUUCUUGCCUCUGCUGACAGCUUGGCCGGGCGACUGCAGUCACGUCUCCAACAACCAAGUUGUGUUGCUUGAUACAACAACUGUGCUGGGAGAGCUAGGAUGGAAAACAUAUCCAUUAAAUGGGUGGGAUGCCAUCACUGAAAUGGAUGAACACAACAGGCCCAUUCACACCUACCAGGUAUGCAAUGUGAUGGAGCCAAACCAAAACAACUGGCUUCGUACAAACUGGAUCUCUCGUGAUGCAGCUCAGAAAAUUUAUGUGGAAAUGAAGUUCACACUGAGGGAUUGUAACAGCAUCCCAUGGGUCUUGGGGACUUGCAAAGAAACGUUUAAUCUAUAUUAUGUGGAAUCAGAUGAGUCCCAUGGAAUUAAAUUCAAGCCAAGCCAGUAUACAAAGAUUGACACAAUUGCUGCUGAUGAAAGUUUUACCCAGAUGGAUUUGGGUGAUCGCAUCCUCAAACUCAACACUGAGAUUCGUGAGCUGGGGCCUAUAGAAAGGAAAGGAUUUUAUCUGGCUUUUCAAGAUAUUGGGGCAUGCAUUGCCCUAGUUUCCGUCCGUGUUUUCUACAAAAAAUGCCCCUUUACUGUUCGUAACCUGGCCAUGUUUCCAGACACUAUCCCAAGGGUUGAUUCUUCCUCCUUGGUUGAAGUAAGGGGCUCCUGUGUGAAGAGUGCAGAAGAGCGUGACACUCCUAAGCUCUAUUGUGGUGCUGAUGGAGAUUGGCUGGUUCCUCUUGGAAGAUGUAUUUGCAGUACAGGAUAUGAAGAAAUUGAAGGUUCUUGCCACGCUUGCAGACCAGGAUUCUAUAAAGCGUUUGCUGGCAACACAAAAUGUUCAAAGUGUCCUCCACACAGUUUAACCUACGUGGAAGCGACUUCUGUCUGUCAGUGUGAAAAGGGUUACUUUCGAGCUGAAAAAGACCCACCUUCCAUGGCAUGUACCAGGCCACCUUCAGCUCCUAGGAAUGUGGUUUUUAACAUCAAUGAAACGGCCCUUAUUUUGGAAUGGAGCCCACCAAGUGACACAGGAGGGAGAAAAGACCUCACAUACAGUGUAAUCUGUAAGAAAUGUGGCUUAGACACCAGCCAGUGUGAGGACUGUGGUGGAGGACUCCGCUUCAUCCCAAGACAUACUGGCCUGAUCAACAAUUCCGUGAUAGUACUUGACUUUGUGUCUCACGUGAAUUACACCUUUGAAAUAGAAGCCAUGAAUGGAGUUUCUGAGUUGAGUUUUUCUCCCAAGCCAUUCACAGCUAUUACAGUGACCACGGAUCAAGAUGCACCUUCCCUGAUAGGUAUGGUAAGAAAGGACUGGGCAUCCCAAAAUAGCAUUGCCCUAUCAUGGCAAGCACCUGCUUUUUCCAAUGGAGCCAUACUGGACUACGAGAUCAAGUACUAUGAGAAAGAGCAUGAGCAACUCACCUAUUCCUCCACAAGGUCCAAGGCCCCCAGUGUCAUCAUCACAGGUCUCAAGCCAGCCACCAAGUACAUUUUUCAUAUCCGAGUGAGGACUGCAGCAGGAUACAGUGGCUACAGUCAGAAGUUUGAGUUUGAAACAGGAGAUGAAACUUCUGACAUGGCGGCGGAACAAGGGCAGAUCCUCGUGAUAGCCACUGCAGCAGUGGGAGGAUUCACUCUUCUCGUCAUUCUUACUCUCUUCUUCUUAAUAACUGGCAGGUGUCAAUGGUACAUAAAGGCCAAAAUGAAGUCAGAAGAGAAGAGAAGAAAGGACUUACAGAAUGGGCAUUUACGCUUCCCAGGAAUUAAAACUUACAUAGAUCCAGAUACAUAUGAAGAUCCAUCCCUAGCAAUCCAUGAAUUUGCAAAGGAGAUUGAUCCAUCAAGAAUACGCAUUGAGAGAGUCAUUGGGGCAGGUGAAUUUGGAGAAGUCUGUAGUGGGCGUUUGAAAACACCAGGGAAAAGAGAGAUCCCAGUUGCCAUCAAAACUUUGAAAGGUGGCCACAUGGAUCGGCAAAGAAGAGAUUUCUUAAGAGAAGCAAGUAUCAUGGGUCAGUUUGACCAUCCAAACAUCAUUCGCUUAGAAGGUGUUGUCACAAAAAGAUCCUUCCCGGCCAUUGGGGUGGAAACGUUCUGCCCCAGCUUCCUGAGAGCAGGGUUUUUAAAUAGCCUCCAGGCCCCGCAUCCAGCGCCAGGGGGAGGAUCUUUGCCCCCCAGGAUUCCUGCUGGCAGACCAGUAAUGAUUGUGGUGGAAUAUAUGGAGAAUGGAUCCCUAGACUCCUUUUUGCGGAAACAUGAUGGUCACUUCACAGUCAUCCAGUUGGUCGGUAUGCUCCGAGGCAUUGCAUCAGGAAUGAAGUAUCUUUCUGAUAUGGGUUAUGUUCACCGAGAUCUAGCAGCUAGGAAUAUAUUGGUCAACAGCAACUUAGUAUGCAAAGUUUCUGAUUUUGGUCUCUCCCGAGUGCUGGAAGAUGAUCCAGAAGCUGCUUAUACAACAACUGGUGGGAAAAUUCCCAUAAGGUGGACAGCCCCAGAAGCUAUCGCCUACAGAAAAUUCUCCUCAGCAAGUGAUGCAUGGAGCUAUGGCAUUGUCAUGUGGGAGGUCAUGUCCUAUGGAGAGAGACCUUAUUGGGAAAUGUCUAACCAAGACGUCAUCCUGUCCAUUGAAGAAGGUUACAGACUACCAGCUCCCAUGGGCUGUCCGGCCUCUCUACACCAGCUGAUGCUCCACUGCUGGCAGAAGGAGAGAAAUCACAGACCAAAAUUCACUGACAUUGUCAGCUUCCUUGACAAACUGAUCCGCAAUCCCAGUGCCCUUCACACCCUGGUAGAGGACAUCCUUGUGGUGAAUGGACUCCACAGCCAGUGCCCGCCAGCGGAACUCUCUGACUGUUCUAUGACUGUAGAAGCAGGCAGAAUGCCAGACUCCCCUGGUGAAGUUCCCGAAUAUCCUUUGUUCGUGACAGUCGGUGACUGGCUGGAUUCUAUAAAGAUGGGGCAAUAUAAGAAUAACUUCAUGGCAGCGGGGUUUACAACUUUUGACCUGAUUUCAAGAAUGAGCAUUGAUGAUAUUAGAAGAAUUGGAGUCAUACUCAUUGGACACCAGAGACGAAUAGUCAGCAGUAUACAGACUUUACGUUUACACAUGAUGCACAUACAGGAGAAGGGAUUUCAUGUAUAAAAGUACUACAAGCACCUGUGUUUUGUGUCUCAGUAUUUCUAAAAUGAAAGAUAUCCUCUCUACUACCCUCUCUUCUGAUUCUCCAAACAUCACCUCACAAACUGCAGUCUCCUCUUCAGGCUACAGGCACACAUACCUUUUGUUUAUACUUCCAACCUGGAUUUAAAAAUCACUCUUCAUAGCUCCUCUCUGAAUAACCUGCAAAUAAAACCCUGGCGCACUGCAGAUUAUCACUACACAUGGUAAAUAACUCAGCAUGGAUGUGUAACUUUGUAUAACUGUAUUUCAGAAGUGUUCAAGGACUUAAUCCAAAGGAAUUUGGGGUUAAUGAUGUAUUUAGAGUUUGAUGGUAGAUGAAAAAGAAAUAGUUAACCUUUCUUUCAUGUUUUGUGAUCAAGUAUUUUCCAAACUGACAUGAAUAAUUAUUUUUUAGAUAAUUAUAUUCAACUCUGUGGGUCAUAUUGUUACUUUAUUCUACAAUUCUUUACCUGUCAAUGCCUGAUAUUGUUAGAAUUGUUUGCAGAAAAGAUUAAUGAUUUCAUGUAGUGAAUUCUUUCAAGUGUGACUAUGGUGAGAAGGGAGUCAUCAAGGGAGAGAGAGGGAGAGACAUACUGUGCUUCUAAAAUUUCCAAGUCUUGGUUUGUCUUUUUUUUUUUUAUUAACUUGAUCGUGUCUUUCAUAUGUCAUAGUAGGUGGUAGUUUAGAGGCUUUCCCAUCUAAUUUUUUUUUUUUUAGUAUCAAUAUGUUUCUCUACUACAUUAUAAAGAUCACACCUGGAAAAACCAAGAGUGAGUCCAUUGCUCUAGAGGCUUUAAAUAGAGGGAAGCAUGGAAUAAAUCCAUGACUGUCCCCUUGGUUUAUCUUCAUAAAUUUGCAAGAGUAAUAAAGCAUUGAGAAAAUUAAUUAUUCUCAGCAGAAUUGCUUUGAAUAAAAGAUCUAAGAGUAUAGUCUUAGAUAAAAUGUAAAAAGAUUUAAUUUAAAUAGAAUUUUAUGAUAGUUACAUGGUGGCCUAAGAAAAUAAACACAUAGAGCUAGUCUAAUACUGGUACAUUUUGCAAGUUUAAGAAUUUUUGUUUUGUUCAUGAAAAUAAGUUACAUGAACAUGCUGAGCUGUUUUCCAAACCUUCCAAGGCACAAGUAUGCCAUUGCAUACACCAAAGAAGGUAUAAAAUGAGCAUAAAUGAAUUGUGUGCAACCUGAAUCCUUGCUACAGUAACAUAAAAAUAUAAACACAGCUAAGGUGUGUUGUUGCCGUAAUCUUCUGGAGGCUGCAAAAACAGGCAAAUAUACUUUUCAUUGAACUAAGUUGAGUCAGCUUAUCAAAACAGUACUGUAUUAUGAACAAAUCCAACUACAAAAUCAGCUGUUCCCUGUGAAACUAAAAAAUUAAAAAAAAAGACUACUGUGCUAGGUGGAAGAGUAGCGAGAAUGUAUUAAGAGGGGAAAAAAAAAGAGCAGGUUGUCUAAAGAUACUUGUUUAAUAUAAAAAUUAGGUUUUAUUUGAUCUUGGAGCUAAAGGUGCCCUACCCACACUCUCAAAUUCCUACCUAAAUUACAUUUUUUUGGUGAUAAUGGUUUUCUUGCCAUAAAGGAAUCCCAGUUUUUCCUUAUUUUAAGAUUUGUGGAUUGUCCCAUUAGACUAGGCCCUUCCAUAUACUUCUUUUGCUGAUUUAUCUUCUGAUUUUUGUCAACCACAGCUAAAUUUUUCUCAUUUAAAAAAAAGAGAGAGAGAGAGAAGGAAGAGUCUUUAAAGUAUCCAUUAUAGUACACUAAAAAAGAAAAAAAUGGGAAAUCCAUCACUUUUUAAGUGUGUCAGAAAUAGCUAGCAGCAUUUUCUAACCGUCACCCGCACAGUCAUGCAUCACUUGCAGGCUGUCUGUGGUUUGCUUGAUAUAUUUACACAGAUCUGGAUACAUUUAGAGAAAAUGUAAAAUUUCCAUAUUUACCUAUCUUCAAAUAUAUAUUGAAUAAGAACAGAUGUAAAACAGAUAAAAUUUAUUAAUUAUAUAUAUUUAUUUUUAUAAUGCAACAAAAACAUAUUUAGAAAGAUAAGGAAUAGAAUAAUUAUGGUCUUCCAUAGGACUCUGUCAGCAACAUCUGUAUACUUUGAUUAAAUAAAUUCUAUAAAGUAUUGAAACGUCUAUGGGGUGGGCAUUCAGUGCUUGCAAGAUUAAAGAUCUCUGUUAAGAAUUGUUUUUCUUUAAAACUCCAAAGAUCCUAUUCUAUAUAUGGUUAAUUUGUGCUUUUUUUCCCUUCCUAAACAUCUUUCUGUGGUAUUAUAAAACUGCCUUCUUACUUUCUCUCUAACCCCAAAUCCUCUUUAAAAUCCGUUUAUGUUACAUUUAUAUUUUUUAGAACUGUAAGCAUGGUGAUCUUCAGCAUAAAUUUGAACCUCAUCAUGGUCAGAGCAAGAUGUUCAAGAUUAAACAGAAACAUUAAAAAAUAAAUGUAUUUCUUUAUUGCCUACCAAUCACAGAUUUGAAAAUUUUACCUGAAAUAUUUUGAUGUUUACUAGUGCACAUAUUCAUUAAUUAAAGCUGUUUAAUAUUCAUAAGCAUAUAAUUUAAUAAUAGAAAAUGAGUAACUCCCAUAAGUCACAACCUUCAGAAAUAAUCUUUAAUAACUAAAAUAUGCAUAUAUACUCAUAUACCUGCUUUAUAUUAAAUUUCCUAGUCUAUGUUACUGAGGGGCUUUUUAGAUUUUGAAAACUAGUUGAAGGAACCAUUACUAUUUUAUUUUCUAUGCGGUUAGUUUCCAGUCUGUAGUCCACUCAUUAUCUCAUAGGAUAAGACAUAAUUGAGAAAAAAUGUAAAAACAAUGCAGAGAUUAAGUAUAUAAAUCAUUAAACUAAAAAAGCCAUCAGAAGUUGCAAAGCUCUUGGCUUAACAUGAAUCAAGAAUUAUAGCACUUUUUCACUGAAUUAUGACUGUUGAUAAAUGUUUUGAAUGUCAUAAUAAAAAAAGAUUUCUCUUCUUUCACCCCGAAUUACUCUUAAAAUCUAUCCAACUAACACCUGAACAGCUUUAAGGCCCAUCUCAGACCAUGAAUGGAAAACAAAUCCAAAUUCAGUCCUUGAAAAGCAGCCUUUACAGAAGGUCUUCUGUAAUAGGUCUUCCAACGUGAUAAAGAAUGAAUUGCAUUACCUAUCUCCCAACCACAAUUUUCUUAAAAAUCCAUUUUUAUAUCUUUCCUAGCAAAUUUCUACUCUGUAAAGAAAGUUAAAUCUUUAAGUUAAAUCUUUUACUUCAAAAUGUUCACCAAAACUAGGUCUUAUUUUUCUAUUCCUUUUUUAAACAUUCUUCCCCACCCCCUUGGUUCUUUUCUCUUUUUUCACCCAUCUCUUUUUCUUUUCUCAGCUUCUGCCACUCCACCCCAUAUCCCUAUCAACAAAAGAAAAGUAAUACAGGAAAUCCAAAAAUAUCUUACAGAUCUCCCUAGAAGAGGCUGAAGGUGGAGGAAAAACAGGAAUGUUGCAAAAGUUAUAUUUUAAUAUUUUGGGUCCUACUGCAUAAAUGGGAGCAUUUGCACAUACAGAGUGUAUGAGUUCUGGCUUUUCAUUAACUGAAAAUUAAGUGCUUUGGAAAGUUAUUUCAAAACAGAUGAAGAUGAUCCUUUUCUACUGCUUUAGCUAAGGAAAUGUAUUAUUAAUUUAAAAGAAAAUAUUUUAAGAAUUAGAAACUGUUAUUAACUCACAGUUGGUAUACAUCUUUAUAUAAUAAAGAUAUUAGAAGCAGAUGUAAUCACUUCUUUUAGUAUCAUCACUUCAACUUUUCCAAGCCCAAAUUCCUUUAAGUAGAAAAGACUCAUAUUCACAUUCAAUCUGAAAAUAUUUCAAUUCUUUUUGUAUGAAGACUCCAAAAGGUAGAUUGAUUGUAUUCUUCCAUUAGAACACAGGGCACUGAAGUCAUCCAACUUUUUGUUUUUAUGAUCAGCAUUUUCAAAAGAUUUUCACUUUUUAUAAUAAUGUUCAAUAAAGGCAGUGUAAACUGUAGUUCAGUUUAACAAAUAUCUACAAGGUGUCCCUUACAUGCAUAAAAUUUUAUGGCAAAGAUGAGUUUGACUGUACUGUCCUUACCUCUAAGUAUCUCUUAAGCUUAAAACUUAGAGCCUAUCUGCCAUGUUUGCUGUAAUUUCCACGUCACUUAGUUCUUUCCAUAGAACAAAAAUACAUUAAAUAAAUGAAACCUUGUUUAUUUGCGAUUGGAUUUGCAGUCCCUAUGAAAGGAAAUAUUUUGGACCUCAAAUUUUUUCACAGACGCCUCCACACUUCCUCUGCUAGAAGGGAGCACACUUGUUUGAUUCUCUAAGAUAAUCUCUCUUGUUACCUAUCAUUUGACUCUCCUCAGGAGUCACAUACUGCCUCUGUCCUGUGGCAGACUGCUCAGUUCAUGUGUAGACUCACUACCUCAAAGGUGCCUCCAGUUAGAUAACAUCAACCAUUUUUUCAAAAACAAUGCUGGGGUACUCUGCUGUGCAAGCCAAUUCACUGGCCCUAGGAAAUGUCACGAUAAGUAUAUGACUGCAAUGGUUGCAUAAAAUUCUUUCCAACAUGAUAUAUUUAACAAAGGGCUUCCCUAGUGGCUCAGCUGGUAAAGAAUCUGCCUGCAAUGCAGAAGACCUGGGUUUGAUCCCUGGGUUGGGAAGACCCUGUGGAGAAGGGAAUGGCAACCCACUCCAGUAG